AUGGUGCCCUCUUGGAGCUACUGCUUGCUUCCGUGUGCCGCUUUUUUCUUCGCUUCAGUUCAGGCGCAGCCGGACACGGACUCUGAAUGCGAGCUUGCGAAAGCCGAAAUUUUGAAGACUUGGUCUCUGAAGGAGCUGCGUGAUGCGACGGCCAGAUCGCGGGCUGCCAGGUCUACAGCCAACUCUGCAGACGUGAAUUGCCCCUCCGAGUGCGGAUGGUGCGACUUCAUCGCAGAGUGGGGGCAGGUCGAGGUCACCAGCGACAUCCCGUAUGGAAGGGCAUUCAACCAAGAGCUUGACGAGGAGGAAGUGUUGUACAUGGACCAGUACCUCGUGCAUCAGGGCCAGGACGGCUUCAAAUACAAGCCGGUCAUGAUCGUGAUUCACGGUGGUGCGUUCCUGAAGUCCAGCACCAAGACCUCCAACUGGGCACCCACAGUUUCGAAAUACUUCGCCAUGUAUGGAUUUCAUGUAGUAUCCCUCGAAUAUCGGCGGUAUGGUGAGUACUGCCGAAACUGGGGAACCAGUGGCUGCCCAGAAAUCAUGUAUGGUGCCCCUGUUCACGAUGCAAUGGCAGCGGUUCGAUACCUGGUCAAAAACAAUGCCAGCCUUGCCAUCGACACAUCGAAGAUUGCACUCUUUGGGUGCUCGGCGGGUGGCUUAACGCUGACCCACCUCAUGAUGAUGAACUAUGGCGAGGGUGACUCUGGCAAUCCGGGCUACCCCUCGGCCGUGCAUGCUGGCAUCUCCUUGUCAGGUGGUUAUUGGAAGUCAACCAUGUGGAAGUACCGCAAGACAGCUGUCGGAAGCAUACCUCCGUACAUGGCGAUCCACAACACGGGCGACUGGAUCGUGUCAUACGACAAGGCGGAGUCAGCGAUUGAGCUGGCACAGGAGCUUGAAGCUUCCAACUAUCUCCUGUCUUUGUCUGGGAAUGGGCAUUGUCCGAAUGUGAUCAUUCCUGGAUCGGCUGAUUACGAGUUCGACAAAGUUGUUGGAUUCUUGGUCAACUCCCUCCGACUUUGCAAUGAAGUGAUAGUUUUUCCGUAA